GAGGGUCUGGUGUACGUGUGUCCUGGGGUGUAUGUCAGUGACUGUCUGCCUGCGUUGGAAGGUGUCUGUCUGUCUGCCCGCUUGUUGUCUGGGUGUGUACAGUGUAUUUUUCGGCGUGUGAUUUUGAGGGUGUGUACUAGCUGUGUGUCUGUGUGUGUAUUUCUGUGUGUCUGUGUGUCCGUCUGUCUGUCUGUGCAUGUGUAGUUCUAGGGCUCGGUGUAUGACGGUGUUCUUGACAUUUGAGGAACUGCGAGUGGUUUUGAAACCGUGUGUGUCUGUCUGUCCGUCUGCCUUCCUGGUGCCUGAUGCUGGGCAUGGUUUUGAGGGUGUCUUUCAUGUGGACACGCAUGUACACCUGUGUGUCAUUGUCUGUGCGUAUGCCAAGGCCUCCGUGGGCACGUCUCCACCCUUAGCCCAGGCCCUGUAUGUGCAGUCGCUAGAUCAGGUUGCCUGCUACCUGCCAGACUGUGGUACAAACCUCCAUGAGCCGGUCCCACACAGCCCUGCUGGGCCUGGGCCUGCUGCUCAUGCUGCUACUGUACGUGGGGCUGCCAGGCCCCCCUGAGCACACUUCCUGGCUCUGGGGCGACCCCAAUGUCACAAUCCUGGCCGGUCUCACCCCUGGCAACUCCCCCAUCUUUUACCGCGAGGUGCUCCCACUCCACCGGGCACGAAGGGUGGAAGUGGUGCUGCUCCACGGGAGAGCCUUCACCUCACGCACGUGGGAGCAGCUGGGCACGCUGCAGCUGCUGGCGCACAGGGGCUACCGGGCCGUGGCCCUUGACCUCCCAGGAUUUGGGAACUCAGCUCCUUCCCAGGAGGCGAGCACCGAGGUGGGGCGGGCGGAGCUGCUGGCGCGCGCGCUGCGGGACCUGGAGGUGCGGAACGCGGUGCUGGUGAGCCCCUCGCUGAGCGGCCGCUACGCCCUGCCCUUCCUGAUGCGGGACCACCCUCAGCUGCACGGCUUCGUGCCCAUCGCACCCGCCUCCACCCAGAACUACACCCGGGAGCAGUUCGAGGCCGUGAAGACCCCGACGCUCAUCCUGUACGGGGAGCUGGACCGCACCCUGGCUCGGGAGUCCCUGCGGCGGCUCCGCCACCUGCCCAGGCACUCGGUGGUGAAGCUGCGCGACGCGGGGCACGCCUGCUACCUCCACAGGCCCAGAGACUUCCACCGGGCCCUCCUCGCCUUCCUGGACCAGCUGCCUUGAGCUCCGCGCCAGCUUGGAGGGUCCGGACCCGCCCCCGCCCAGGAGGCAGCCCCAGGGAUUGGAGGGCAGAGGCCGAGAGCUAGGCCCAGCCAGGGCCUCUCCUUUUAUCUCACAGGCACAAUAAAUAAAAGCACUUUUGUCCUGCCGGG